AUAAUGCAUUUGACUAAUCACAGGUGGAGCGGGAGGAGCUGGUGGAUCUCCAAAUAUGGCGGAUGUUUUGCAGGAUCCCGAAAUCAUGGGAUAUUUACAGGUUUGUAAUUUUUGAGUUUGUUUUUAUAACAGCUUUAUUCUCGUGUCUUUGGGGCUUUUUAAUUAGUUUUGCCGCUGGUACUUUUCGCUAGUCCCUUGGUCACAGAACCCUGUUUCAACUUUAAUGGUUCAGCAAUGUAAUAAAAGUGGAAAUUUGAAUAAAGUACAGUACAGUAAAGUACAAUAAAGUAUACUAUGUUCAUACCUUUAAUCAAUGCAGGAAUAAAAGAAAGCGUCGGAUUGAUAGCGAUGCAACUACCUGAAAAAUACAAGGAAACGUACAGAAUGAUACAUUUUGAUACAUAUUAUUUCUUAUUCAAUUUACCAUGUAGGACCCAGAAGUGCAAGCAGCUUUACAGGAUAUUAUGUCCAACCCUGGUAACAUGAGCAAGUAUCAAGGCAAUCCAAAAGUUGUCAAAGUUUUUGAAAAGCUGAAUUCCAAAUUUGGUCGUUAACUGCUUUUGAACAGGGAUUAUACAAUGAAAGUCUUUCUCCUGCAUGAUUUUAGUCAAUAGCCAUGAAAAUUAUUAUAUAUGCACAAUAUCACAUCUCCUGUAUGUGUAAAACCUACCUCAUAUCGUGAGAAACACACGCCCAAUUUACACUAUGGCGAUUUUUGCUUUGACAAGAUUACUUUCGAGUUAUGAAUUUUGAGACAUGCUAUGGAAUUAUUUUGAGUAGAAAUCGAGCCUUCAGUUUACCACGCUGGCCGCUUCUUUGUCAAAGCAAAAUUCGCAAGACUGAAGUAUAGACCGACCUUAGGUUAUAUAUUAAUGCAUGAUUUAUCAGAUACUAAUAUUAUAAUGCGUGAUCAAUUAGUACUUUUAGGAUAGGUUUUAUGAAACUUAAAUUAGAUUUUGUGACGAUGCUUUCAAGAUUGCCUAUAUGCUCUUGAUUGAUUCGCUUUGCUGUGCACGAUGUGUAAACUCGUGCGAAUUUGCUGAAAACGGAAAUAAAAUAAAUAAAUUUUUCUUCUUGUAUUGAUUUUUUAUAUAAUUAUCUGACUAAUACAAAGCUAAUACAGCUAUUC